AUGCACGAGAAAACUGGACCUGGAAAACUGACUGAUUUUGUGCCCGAAGUGGAACGGAAUGCGAAAAAAGAGGAUGAGAAGAGAGAUUUUUCCUAUCGUCGUGCAUCAGACGAAGAACCGCGUUUGAUCCGUAAUUACGACUUGCCACCAGCCGUUACAACAACGACCAAGGUUCCUUCGACGACUAUGAGCGCUCCACUCUCAUCACGUCGUCAAGAAGACGAUUCUGUAAGUGCGGUCCUAAAACGAUCAACUUUGCCAAGAAAUGUUCUUCACCCUAUUUCCGAGAAUUUGCAGGCUCUCAUAUAUAGCCUAGACAAGGAAUGUGUUGUUUUGGGAAAUAACUGCAAGUCAUACUGCAUGCGACUGCGUCGCGGUUGA